UUCUUUGUUUUCAAUCAGUUAAGUUUUAGCAGCCUAGCGAUAAAAACACAUGGAAGAAGAAACGUGGCAAGUGGAACUACGUUUGGUCCAGGAGAUUAUGCUAUAUUGUCCUUUGUUCUAGUAGUUUCGUCAGGUGUUGGUAUAUUCUAUGCUAUCAGAGAUGCCAAGACGAAGAUCUAGUGGAAAUGAUGACUACCUUCGGCAAAGGGGAAAAUGCAUUAUAUCCCCGUUGCACUUUCUCUAACCGUAAGUUUCAUGUCGGCAAUAACGAUUCUUGGAAACCCGGCUGAAAUCUAUACUUAUGGCAUGAUGCUUUGGUGGUUGGUACCCGCGUUUUUUAUCGCAGCGGGAAUUAUUUCUGAAGUUUAUAUUCCAAUCUUCUACAGACUUGACAUUAAAAGUUCAUACGAGUAUCUUGAGAUGAGAUUCAAUCGAGUCGUUCGUGUGCUUGUAACUGCUGCAUUUAUAGUUGAGACCAUCAUGUAUGCUGGUAUAGUUAUUUAUGCCCCUUCGUUGGCAUUGAGUCAAGUGACAGGAUUCAACUUAUGGGCUGCUGUUUUAUCCACUGGGCUCGUCUGUACUUUUUACACAACAUUGGGAGGUCUGAAAGGCGUUAUUUGGACCGAUGUUUUUCAAGCAGCUGUGAUGAUCAGUGGACUACUUGCUGUUUUGAUAAGAGGAAGCGUAAUAAUGGGCGGUUUCACAAACAUCUGGGAGAUUAGCGGCGAGGGAGGAAGACUAAACAUGGCAAUCGUCGACCCUGAUCCCAAAGUGCGUCAUUCAAUAUGGACACUUCUUGUAGGAGGAACAUUUUUAUGGCUGGGUUUAUACGCAGUUUCUCAGUCACAAAUACAACGAUACAUUUGUUGUAGGUCGGAACGCGAAGCAAAAAUGGCUUUGUUUUUAAACGCAUUUGGAUUGCUGAUUGUGAUUACAUUAACAUGCUUGACAGGAUUGGUAACAUAUGCGUAUUUCCAUAAGUGCGAUCCAAUAAAAGACGGGAAAAUACCUCCAAAAAGCAGAGACAGGCUAUUGCCUUAUUUGGUUAUGGAAAUACUUCAAGAUUAUCCAGGAGUUCCAGGGAUAUUUGUUGCUUGUGUUUAUUCCGGUGGAUUAAGUACGAUUUCCACGGGAAUCAACGCAAUGGCUUGCGUUACUGUUGAAGAUUUCAUCAAACCUUGCACAAAUAUCUCAAAGAAAUACAGAAGUUGGAUAUCACGAGGUUUGGGAAUACUGUAUGGUUUGGCGUGUAUCGGAAUGGCAUACAUUGCUUCACAACUUGGAGGCGUUUUACAAGCAGCAAUUAGCAUAUUUGGUAUUGUUGGUGGACCUCUUAUAGGAGUGUAUACAUUAGGAAUAAUGUUUGCCUUUGCUAACUCCUGGGGUGCUGCUGCAGGUCUUGGAUUUGGCCUUGCUUGCACAUCGUGGAUGUAUGUAGGCGCCGCUGACUCUAGACGAAAAAAUAUUUACACGGGAAUAUCGAAUGCACUGCCAACAAUUACGGACGGCUGCCCUAGUAAGAAUUUGACAUUUGUUAACAUUACGACAAGUCCGGUCCCAACGAUGAUGGAAACAAGCCAGUUUGUUACUGAUGUUCCAGAAGCAAGCACUGAGAUUCCGUCAAUCGUCAAUUUCUAUUCAGUAUCUUAUUUAUACUACGGAUGCAUUGGAUUUGCAGUGACCCUGUUUUUUGGAAUAAUUGUUAGUCUGUUAUCAUGUGGAUGGAGACAAAGAAAACAUGUUCCGCAAAAUCUGUUGAGACCACCGUUUGAUCAUUGGUUUUUCCGAUCAUGGAUUCCUGAAUCCAUCAGAAGAAUUUUACGGUUUGGAAUAGACUGGGAGGACAACAUUCCAAUAUGUGAUGAUUUAAAUGUUCUAGCCAACGAAAAUAUCGUAACGGUAAGAAAUGGAAAACCAACGAGUGAUGAGAUAAUGUUGUAGCGAGUGUAUAAAUCGAUGAAGAAAAAAAAAUCAAAUAAAUGGAGCAAAAAAGCUUGGCGAAAUAACUCAUGACUUUUCACCUGCGCAUAUUCAGGGAUCAACGUGUGUGCGCAACAUUUACAAUUAAUGUACUGCUAUUACUAUUGAUGGUCAUUCAAAACUUGGAUCAGACUGACCUGAGAACGCCAAAAUAAAAACAAUUUACAAAAAUACAAGAAGAACAUUUCCGAAAUUCAUGUGGCUACAAUAAAUAAUACACAUACAUUCCUUGUGCCUCCGACCGAUUCUGUUGUAACUUGGUGUAUCGAACGAUUGUGUAUAUUCAACAGUGCUCCAACGGAUCUUUCCGUGUGGUUCACAUAUCAAUACGACUCAAGAUCCACACAGUUCAGGAAUCUAAAUUGGCGCUAAGGUUCAAUUUCAAAAAGGAAGAAAAUACUAUUUUAUCAACCAAAUUUUGAUUACUUGAUAAAUUCAUUGUACUUAAUGGUUUUCAAAGUUUACAUUUUUUUUUUAAAUAUUACCAUCUUAUUUGAAAAUAUUCUUAAACAGU